AUGAGCGGUUCCAGGUAUCGCGUGGUCGACAUCCAGUUCCGUGACAGCCUCGACCGGAGGAGCCUCCGUCUGUCUCGCUUAGACUUUCGCAACUCAGUCUCAACCAGCUCCUUGUCACAGUCACAGACUUCCAUGCCUCCGACUCUACCUUCUCCAUCUUUACUAUCCAGCGGCAGCGACAUGGACGAGUUUGAUUAUACUAAUUGGGAUAUAGCUACCGCUACCGCCAAUGGCUCCGCCACGGCGCUCCCAGAGAAGGCUACUUCCCCCGUCCCCAGCAACUCCAGCAAGGCCACCUCGCCUUUUGUUGAAAGAAGCAACCCGAUGGGUGGUGCUACCAAUCCCCAGACCGUCACCUCCAAGGACCCCAAAGCCGCUGCCCAGGCUGCUUCAGACAUGCGCAACGUGGUCCGCCGCAAGUUGACUGGAUACGUUGGCUUUGCCAACCUGCCCAACCAGUGGCACCGCAAGAGUGUUCGCAAGGGUUUCAACUUCAACGUUAUGGUUGUUGGUGAAUCUGGCCUCGGAAAGUCGACCUUGAUCAACACUCUGUUCAACACCUCGCUCUACCCCCCCAAGGAACGCACGGGUCCCAGUGCCGACAUCAUCCCCAAGACCGUCUCGAUCCAAUCCAUCAGCGCCGACAUUGAGGAGAACGGAGUCCGUCUCCGCCUGACCGUCGUCGACACUCCUGGCUUCGGAGACUUUGUCAACAACGAUGACUCGUGGAGACCCAUUGUCGAGAAUAUCGAGCAACGCUUCGAUGCCUACCUCGAGGCUGAGAACAAGGUCAACCGCAUGAACAUUGUUGACAACCGUGUUCACGCCUGCGUUUACUUUAUCCAGCCCACCGGUCACUCCCUCAAGCCCCUCGACAUUGAGGUCAUGCGCCGCCUGCACACCAAGGUCAACUUGAUCCCUGUCAUUGCCAAGGCCGACACUCUGACCGACGAGGAGAUUGCCCAAUUCAAGCAAAGAAUCCUUGCCGACAUUCAGUACCACUCUAUUCAGAUCUUCGAAGGUCCUCGCUACGAGCUUGACGACGAAGAGACCAUCGCCGAGAACCAGGAGAUCAUGUCCAAGGUUCCCUUUGCCGUUGUCGGUGCAAAUGCUGAAGUGUCCAGCCCCGAUGGACGCAAGGUCCGUGGCCGUCGCUACCCCUGGGGUGUGAUUGAGGUCGACAACGAGGAACACUGCGACUUUGUCAAGCUGCGCCAGAUGCUGAUCCGCACCCACAUGGAGGAGCUCAAGGAGCACACCAACAACAGCUUGUACGAGAACUACCGCUCUGACAAGCUCACCCAAAUGGGUGUCGCCCAGGACCCGAGCGUCUUCAAGGAGGUCAACCCGGCCGUCAAACAGGAGGAGGAACGCGCCCUGCACGAGCAGAAACUUGCCAAGAUGGAGACGGAAAUGAAGAUGGUCUUCGAGCAAAAGGUCCGCGAAAAGGAAAGCAAGCUGAAACAGAGCGAGGACGAACUGUAUGCUCGUCACCGCGAGAUGAAGGAGCAACUAGAGCGGCAGAGACAAGAGCUCGAAGACAAGAAAGUUCGGUUCGAGAGUGGACGGCCUAUCGAAGAGAAAGGCAAGCGGAAAGGAUUCUCGCUCCGCUAG